GGGGGAAUAAGCAUUCAGUGUCCCCUAAAUCACACUCUGCUCCCCGUGGCCAGUUGGUGCUCGCUGCUCUCCGCUCUCACCGCCGGAGAGCCUGGCCAGGACUUUUGAAGGGAGUGACGACGUAGCAGGAUGCCCCAUGCAGGGGAGCCAGCUCCUUCCCCCACACGGUCCUGCAUGGGCAGAAAGCUCUGCCCGGGGGGCUGACCACCCCUGGCCAGAACUCAGCAGCCUCCAAGCCAACCAGCAGCUCUGCAGGAGAGGAAACGCAGCCCACAAGGCCAGUGGAGCCUGGCCAGGAGAACAGAGGAGCUCCCACCGGAGGUGAUUCCAGCUUGGUGGCCACCAGGUGACACCAGGGAGGAUGCUCUAUGGGGACAGGCAAGUCCCUGGUCUGCAGUGACCCCCGUGCCAGGAGCUCUGGGAUCCCUAUGAAUGCUCUGUUCCUGUAUAGCUGCAGCCUCACCCACUAGCUCUGGGGAGAAGACCUGGUGUUGAGCCCUGGGGACUGUCACCUUCCUCCCCAGUGGUGUUUUAUGAUGAGACACACGGGGUUAUCCCCACGGACCAUCCUCCCUGGCCCCAUGGAGGUCUGCCCCAGCACUGGCUCUGCCAGGGCAGGUUUGCUCUCCCUCAUCCUUGUGGCCACGCUGAGCAGCCCCUCGCUGCAGAAAUCCCUGCCCGCAGCCUACAGAGACCACGAGGGUCCCCAGGAGGGCACGGGCCUGAUCCAGUGCGGGGAGUACAGCAACCAGGUGCUGCCCAAUGGCCGCUGUAAGAUCGUGGCCACGCUGCCACAGGGGGACGAGCAGCGAUGCCCAGACAUGUUCCGUUGCACCGAUGAGGUGUCCUACUGGCUCCAUGAGAAUGAGGAGCGCAAGCAGCAGGUCCUGGAGCUGCGGGAGCUGAUUUCAGAGCUACAGGAGGAGCUGAGGAACCACCGGCACCACAUCAAAGCCCUUGAGCUCCAGCACGAGGAGGCAGCCAGCCAGAACCACAGCCUGGUUCAACGGGUGCAGGACCUGGAGCAUCGGUACAGCGAGGCCAGCACCCUGCAGCACAUCCAGGCCACGCUGCUCUAUGACAUGCAGGCCCAGAUAAACAAUAUCUCCGUCCUGACCGACUGGGCUUGGCGCAAUCCCACCUGCCUCGGCCCUGCUGAGAUGAGGCUGCAGGAGGAGAUGCACCAUCCAGAAGUGAAGAACGCCAGGAACUGCCCCAUCGACUGUGCUUCCGUUUACUACAAUGGGCUCCGGCGCUCUGGGAUCUACAGCAUCAUGCCCUCGGUCAGCGGGAUGCCUGUUGAAGUGCUGUGUGAGAUGGAUACUGAAGGUGGGGGAUGGACAGUCAUCCAGAGGCGUCAGGAUGGCUCAGUUGACUUCAACCGGACCUGGAAUGAAUACAAGGAGGGUUUUGGGGACCUCAAUGGUGAGUUCUGGCUGGGCAAUGAGAACAUCCACAAGAUGACAAACCAAGGGGACUACUCUCUGCGCAUCGACCUGGAGGACUGGAACAACAAGCACAAGCAUGCCUUCUACCAGGUCUUCAGCAUUGAGGACGAGGCAAACUAUUACCGCCUGCACGUGGAUGGGUUCAGUGGGACAGUGGAGGAUUCCUUUGCCUGGUACCACAACAAGAGGAGCUUCAGCACACCUGACUCGGGGAACAUCUGCGCUGAGAUUUCUCAUGGAGGCUGGUGGUACCACCAGUGUUUUUUCUCCAACCUCAACGGUGUUUACUACAAGGGUGGCCGAUACUCCAUUAAAAACCGCAAGGUCCUGGGGCCAGAUGGUAUUGUGUGGUACUCAUGGAAGGACACAGACUACUACUCCCUGAGGAAAGUGGUCAUGAUGAUUCGACCACGCACUUUUCGGCCCCACCUCUCCCCAUGAAGGAGCCUGAGAUGUUCUUCAUUUCACUUUACAUUGAAUGUUGGGAACAGAGGGCUGGAAAUAGUUCGCUGUGAGCAAAAACUGCUGCUGGAGGUCCUGAGCCACCAUGCCUGUUGCUGCCUGUUUGCUUUUGAAAGAAUGGAACCAACAGAAGAGGUGUCAAGACCUUCAACAAGUGUUUGGGUGGUGAAAGCUCUCCUGAAAAUGUGGAGAUUUGAAAAUGUGAUUGCUGAGAAGGGCUUUGCAAAGACAGGCAUGUGGCUUGCCGUUUCACCAGGUAGCAGCAGUCCUUGGCAGGCUUGGGCAUUCCCAAGGCUUGAGACUAAAUCCAGUUGACUGGGUGAUGGGAGUCAGCCACACACUGAGGCUGGACUUUCCAUUGAAUGGAGGUGCUGGGUGCUCUGGCUACCCACCCAACAGUAUUUUAGAGGGAAGCAAAGAACCAGCAAUCCUGUAUGAGUUUUCCGCAUGGGAUGUGAUGGACUUUUUGUGCCAUAAGAUGAGCAUCUCCUGGUCUUGGCAGAGGUUCUCCGUUCACAUCACCAUGUGUGUAUUUGGUACUGAAGGUCCACCACCGCAGGGAUGUGCUAGGGAGGCUCCAAGGUGCUGCGAUGGCCCCCAGGAAAGCUAGGAGAGCCAGCGUGCAUCGCCCAGGGAUGGUGUCAUGGGCAAACAAGGAGGAAGGUCUGCAGUGGCCCUUGCCUCCUCUGGCAGGGAUUAUGCUACACACGUGGACAUUAGCUAGCUGAGAUAAUAAUGCUCCAACUGAAAAGAUUUUAAAAUAAAAAAUGUGGAAGGUUUUCCAUUUUCC